GCGGCGGGGUGGGGUUUACUUUGCAGCCCCGGUGCAAAAUUAUCCUCUUCCCAUUCUUAGGAGCGAGCUUUUUCUGCAGGGUUCUUGUUGGUGCUGAAGGUGUUCGGGAGGUUAGGGAAAGGUUUGAUUAAUUCAGAAGGAGCUUACUGUUCUGGUAAAAGAUGGAAUGUUUAACACAGCGGUUAGAAUUAUUUCCUGACUGCCUUGUGACUCUUAUCCUAUUUAAUGGUGUGAAAAAUGCUGCUACUCUGCGGAGGAAAGCAAUGGAAGGAGCUAUUGAUGGAGCAUUAAUUAAUCCUUCAAUGGUUGUUGAUCCUUUUCAGAUACUAGUAGCCGCAAAUAAAGCUGUUCAUCUCUACAAAAGUGGCAAAAUGAAGACCAGAACACUGAAUGCUGAAAUCAUAUUCAACCUUUCACCAAACAAUAAUAUUACAGAUGCCUUCAAGAAAUUUGGCAUUUCCGAUGGUGACUCUGCAGUACUUAUAGUUUUGAUUGAACAUGAAGAGAAAACUGUGAACCUGAACGAUGUAAUAAGUCAAGUAGACGGCCAGCAAAUUUCCAUAGCUGAUCUCUCCAAAAUAAGUGAUGUACAAAAAAUUAAGAAGGUAUACAAGCUGACUCCACAAGAAGAAAAAAUAGGCACCCUGUUAGAUGGCAUUGUUUGCAGAAUGGCAACAAAAGACAUAUGACUGCAUUAGAACAACAGCAGUUUGCUAACUGAAAGAAAUGUUUUUAUUUUUUUCCUUGUUAUGCCAUCAUUAAAUGGAUUUUGGAAUUUCUGAAUUGAUUUGAAGCACAAUGUUAUUAUAUGAAGCAGAAUAAUGCAGCUUUUUAAAGUGCUUUUCUGCCAGUAACUAAUGAUUGUCAGAUGUAAAUAUUAAAAUGUAAAACUGCAGAAUUCUGAGGCCAUUUCCUGCUUUGCAUACCAAAGCAGGAAAUUCUUUGACUCAAAGUCUCAAUUUUUUUUCUGGGAAAUACAGACCAAUGAAUAAAAUUGCAACAAAUUAUCAACAGAAUUCUUUGGCAAUGAAAAAAAUGGGAACUUCAGAUAAUUCUGUACUGAUUCCCUGCUUUCAUCUCAUUUCACCCGAAUGAAAGUCUCAUAGAAUUCAUACUCUCUUGCUCCAAAGAGAGACUGUUUACAUGUGGUAAAAUUGAAAGUUAAUCUGAGUUCUCUAGGAGGACAAUUCUACUUCUUUGUAACAUUUCCAAUAGCCAUAUUUAUAACCAUGGGAUGUACCUAGUCAUUUGUUUUCAUAGGUACUGUUAAGUUUCUUCCAUCUCACUCUAUUGUUCGAAUUCUCCUGCCCUUGGCCAAACGUUGUAUCUUGAGGUUAUCAUCUCUUCUUUGAUCAGAUGGACCCAACACAGAUAAAUUCCACUUUGCUGUAACCCUAAUUUUAUUUUGACUACAGUCUUAUUGCAGCUGUUCCACUUUCCUGUUUCAACCAAAUAUAACCUGUAUAGCAUGACCAUGUUACUAGAUCAUAACUCAUUCCGUUAUCUUUUUCCCUUUGGGGAAGCCUCUUACGAAUGUUGUUUUUGCUGCAUCUUUGAAUUAAAAAUGCCUUUUUUUUCUAGAAAAUUGAUGACUUGUUAUUUUUCUUUGGGUGGUCAUGGGAGCGUACUUCUUCCCAAACUUUCGGAAGAUUACCCACAGCUGUUUUCUUAUUAUUAGUAAGCUAGAAAAUGCAGGCUACACCAGAUUAAUAUCUACAAUGCUCCAAAGGAAUAGGCCUAAAAUCAUAUUCGGAAAAUUUCUUCCUUAAUCUUGGAUCUGAAUUGUCUUAAUCUAGUUUUUCUCAAUUUGUUUUUCUCUGUCUUUGAAAUGCAACUGCAAUGGUCAUGUUGGCUGGAAAUUCUAGAGGUUGUAGGAUCAAUACAUUUAUUGUGCUAAUGCUAGUUUGGGAAAGCCUGACAGCUUUAAUCUUUGAACAUGGAGCACCUUGUUCGAGAUCUUGCAGCUUUUUUUUAUUUUAUAGAUCUAUGUAUGUGAUUACCCUUCAGUAGAAAAUGUUCUGUCCUACCGCUUCCUUGGGGUUAUGUCAAAUUCGCUCCCAAAACAAAUUAAAGACAUUUAAAUUGGAUAAAUACACUUCUUCAGAGUAACAUCACCAGAGCCAAUCUGAGACUUUGAUGUUUAUCUAUUUAUAUUUCAUAUUUCUUAACUGUUCAUCUCCCUCAGAGAUUUAUAACAUAUAUUGUUGUAGAUUUGGCCAGCUGACGUUUUUACUGGUGAGCUAGAUGCCUUUGAUGUAUUCAUCAAGUUGUAGCAAAAGCAGAUCUCCAGAUGCUGCUU